AUGGAAGAGUCGAGCAAGAUGUUUAGGGAUGAUAUGGCUGGCCAUCAUGGUGAAGGCGUGAAGCUCGCGGCACUUGUUAUGCGCCGACUGGGUCAUUCCGUUCGGAUCGAGUCCAGCUCCUUUUAUUGGAUCUUCAACUUUGGCCCCGGUGAUACUCUCUGCUGCAGACUGUCGGAACCGUCGUCAACUUCCAUGACCAGAAAGAAGAAUGCCUACGCAGAGCAGAUGACUCGGCCUGCGAACGUGUGGGAGGACGUCACUUUUGAGAUAAGCAAACGAAGAGACACAUUUGGCCACAAAAUCGAAGAAGCCGAAUUCCGCCAGUGGAUGACGGUUGCUCUUGACCUUGAUGUUCCAGACGGUGAUGACAUUAUCCGCAACCAGUGCGGUGUUCUUAUUCUUGGGCACACAUAUUCAAGAUGCGUCUAUCUCAAAGGCCUUCGUGUAGCUGGACAUGGACCUGACGGUCGUUUGUACAGAUAUGGUUACAACCUUCUCGCAGGGCGGAUCAAUCGAGAUAGGGAAUGCAUGGUGAAUCAGCUCGAAGAAGCUCAAAUGAUUGCCAUCAUCUGGGAGCAACCAAUCUUGAAAGAGGGUGACCGGAUGCCUACCUGGAGUUAUUUCUCGAAGACGAGAGUUGCCCUGAUGUUGCUUUUGCUCAUCGGGUCAUUUCACGUUCCAGAGCGAGUAUCAUGUGGCAACGAUUACUAA